CGAUCCGCUGGAGAUGCUCUUAGACGGCACAGCAAUCGUAGGGUUAUUCAGAGCCGCACACAGAGAAUCCCAUCCGCUGGUUUUCUCCACGCUACAUUUUUAGAACUUCCUCGAAAAAGACGCAUUCGUUGUCUUCCCUUCCAUUGAAGAGGAGGACGCUGCAACCUUCGAGAUCCAGCUUCUACCCCGAAAUCCACUCACUCGCGCUUCAGAAAAUCAGAAUUCUACUUGGAGCCUGUCAAGAAUGGACAUUCCUGAGCUCUCGACAUACCAGCCUCGUACAAUUAAUGUGGUUGACGAAGAUGCCGAAGAAGCUUGGCUUAAAGCAACAGAAUACCGGCCUCUGACCAUAAGGUGCUACCUGUUUGACGUUUGUGCAAUUGUUGAUGGCAUUCACGCAGCUAUCUAUGGGCUACACCGUCGCGAUAAGUGGGAGGCAAUUCGCAAUGCUCUUGAAGAGAUCAUCAACAUUAGCCAAGAAGUGGGAGCACAGAAUAUGGUAUGUGCAGCGAACGAGAUGCUGAAGCUUCUGGACGAAAAAGAUUACGAAAGUGUAAAGAACAAAGGUGUGAAGGAGCUUUGGGAGCAAUAUGAACUCCUAUACAAACCCGGGUUGGAUCUAAACUCGAAUUCCUUCAACUUGGGAACGGUAGAGAUUGGAUCAGCAGGAAUGGAGAUAUGCUAAGUUGGUUGACACUUGCAUUCAAUUUGGCAGCUUAUCAAUCGAAAUCACUUUUCUACGGAGUAUUUUAUUUGGAUGCUCUGGAUAUGUUUAUGUAUCCCAUGGUGUUGUUGCCUAGACAUAAUUUAAUCCGUUCGCUACGAUUACUUGUAUGAAGAAUCAACACUUUGUCCCGGA